AUGGGGUCAAGCCUGCGCAACUGGUUUCAGGCCGUGGACGUUGACGGCAAUGGACAAAUAACGGCGGAAGAACUUCAAGCGGCGCUGAAAAAGGGCAAUUUGAACUUCAGCCUUGCUACCGUCGCACGGAUGAUCAGGGCGUUUGACAAGGACAGCAUUGGGUCCAUUGGUUUUGAAGAGUUUGAGGGGCUUCACCUGUUCCUGACACAGCUUCAGAGUAGCUUCAGCCACUUUGACACGGACAGAGACGGAAAGUUGGCAGUGCAAGAGGUGGAGAGCGCUGUCAAGCAUGCAGGGUUUGAAAUCGAUGUUCCUGCCUUCAUGUCCAUGGUCCAGGCAUUCGACCCAGACAGAGAUGGCCAUCUAAGCCUUGCCGAAUUCAUUGCCCUGUCUCUGUUCAUGAAGAAUUGCAGGACUGUAUUCGCUGCAUUCGAUCCCACCAAUGCUGGGUCUGUAACAAUGAACUUCAACCAAUUUCUUUUUGCUGUGUCUCACAUUGCGUGA